GAGGAUAUAUCUCUCGGAGCUUCCCGUUUCUGCAACGUCGUGGAGACAGGAGAAAAAUUUCAUAAGUUCUUUAAUCGGAGUAAAGAAAGAUCUACGAGUCAUGACUAUGAUGAAAGAUGAGCCUCGCUCUACCGUUGAAGGUGGAUGUGAUGUUGCCGGCGGUGACGGUGGCGCGGCUGCGAUCGGCGGUAACGGAACCGAGCACGGUGUCUUCGACGGAUCUGUUGAGAAAUCGAUUCACGAAGUUAGGUCCACGGAGAACACAUCAUCUGAGGCAGAUGCGUCAACUGUCCUUCCAAAUCAACUUACUAUUUUCUUUGGUGGGAGUGUUACUGUGUUUGAUGGACUCCCAGCAGAAAAGGUUCAAGAAAUCAUUCGAAUAGCUGCUAAAGCCAUGGAGACAAAGAAUUCUACGAGCACCAGUCCUGUCCCAUCGCCAGCACUGAACAGAGCUCCUUCAUUCUCAAGCACAUCUAAUGUAGCUUCACCAGCUGCACAGUCAUUUUCCAUUCAGCCAAUUUCGUUUUGCAGAUCCGCAGCUGAUCUACCUAUUGCAAGGAGGCAUUCGCUUCAACGAUUCCUCGAGAAAAGACGGGACAGAUUGGUCAACAAAAACCCUUACCCUACUUCCGACACCAAAAAGACAGAUGUGCCAAUAGGCAAUGCCUCUAUCAAGGAGGAAUUUCCGACUGUUUAGCAGAAGAUCAAACCUCAUGGCUACAAUAAGCUUUUAAAGGAAAUUAAGUAAAACUUUAUGUCAAUAUGGUUAAUAUGGUAAUCUAUCAUGUAUGCUGCUGUGUGUUGUAUGAUAGUGUCUGUAUAGGUUUGUCAGACAAACCGAAGAUUUGUUUGCAUGUCUGGAGUGGUCAGACAUGUUUGUCUUUUUACAAGUCGCUCUAAGGGAAGAGGAUCAUCUACUGAAGAAACUAUUGUGAUUUUAGAAACAGUGUCCUAGAGUCUUUUCUAACUAAUACUCUUGUUGUUAUGUUAUUGAACUUUGUUAUAUUUUCAAACAUAUUGUGUGUUUAA